GCCCAUCGCCCAUCGCCCAUCGCCCAUCGCCCAUCAUGCGUCUCUCAAAACUCUCGUUCCUCGUCCAGGCGCUGCUCCUGACUGCAGUUGCGGCUCAAAGCGCGGACGCUACCAACGUCCUCAGCGAUCUUACCAGCGGAUCCUCAUCCUCCGGCAGCUCAUCUUCCGAGUCAACUGCUGCUCCUACCAGCUCAUCUUCCACCACAUCGUCAACUUCCUCUACUUCGGAGGCUCCCAGCACCACCACCACGCACACGACAUCCACCACCUCUUCUUCUUCUUCUACUACUACUACUCCUUCUGCCGAGGCUCCAUCAACGACCUCCUCAACUCCUUCGACUACCUCAUCGAAGGAUUCCUCCACUACCAGUGUUGCCGACCAGACUACCGCAGCGGAUACCACUUCUGCCACUCCGACUCUCGUUGUCAAGACGAUCACCUCCGAGGUGACCAUUAGCGGUACGACCAAGGCCACUGUUAUGCUCUCUACUUCCACUCAGGCUGCUCAGACCACCUCUGCUUCUCUCAAUGGAAGCAGCAGCUCUUCCAGCAGUGGUAUCUCUUCCUCGGACAAGAAGAUCAUCAUCGGUGUCGUGGUAGGUGUCGGUGGUGCCAUUCUCCUCGGUGUUUUGGGUGUUGUCUUCUGGCGCAUCCAGAAGAAGCGCAACGAGGCGUACAACGAUGAAGAUGAUGAUCUGAUGGGUGGUACCGCCGUCGGCAGCGGUCCUCGUGAGAAGGCCCCUAGCCCGUCCCAGGGUGGUACCCCCUUCAAGAACACACUCGACCAGUACCACAACCCGGGUCCUGUUAACGCUGCAUCCAACUUCUAAGUGAUGCCCAAACCGUUCUCAUUCUGGUCUGUAUAACGGCUAGAUUGAAGCAGUGCUUUGGUGCGACAACUUCAGUCGCAGUGUAAAAAGUUCCCAUUUCUUGUGUACGAUCAUCAUGCAAUUCUCCUCAGGCGCAAUGGGCUGGUCAGGCGAAGGUCACGACUUCUUUUUUUUUUUUUUCUUCUUCUUU